CGGAGCUUGCUUCGGGGUCAAUGGAUCCGAGCUCGCUGUUCCUUUCACUCACUGGCUUGAGAGACUUCAAAACGUAGCUGAGACGACGAAAAGAUUGUUAGGGUUCCUCGAGCUGAGAAGGAGAGGCAAUCGGACAACCGAAUAAAGCUAGAAAGAAUCGGAGAUUUUGAUCGUUUAGCUGCUUAUGGUCUCUCUUUCCCUCCUCUUCUCCUCGUGUUGCUGCUGAGGCUACUCCUUAUGGAAGACGGAUACACCAGCCUUCCAACAAGCCACCUACUCGGCUCCGUUCCCGCUGUGGUUGCUGAUGAAAAGCCCAAUGUCAGUGCGAUCCCAUCUGCCUCACCUGCAAACUUGCAUAUCUUUCCACCUCCCAACGGAGGUUAUUUGUCACCUGAGAGUCCAUAUGUUGGAGACGAACAAGCCACAAACAAUUGGAAAGGACUAUUGAGUAUUUCAUCAUUCACCUCAUAUUUCAACGUUGACACUGAUGUUGUGGUUGACAGAAUCAUUAGUUCUGUGUAUCCUUUGAAUGACUUUUCAAGGAAGAUCGAUGGUAAUCCUGAUCUGUAUGGCCCUGUUUGGAUUUCUACUACAUUGGUCUUCAUUCUUGCUGCCCUGGGAAACUAUGCCAGUUAUCUAAUUCAUAAAAAAAGUGAACAAGAUGCUGAUUGGGAAUUUGAUGUCAAUUAUAUAAACUGGGCUGCAUGUGUGAUAUAUGGGUAUGAAGUUGUUGUGCCAGUUGCAUUCUACUUCUUGCUUCAGUACUUUGGAGUUACUGCAAGCCUAGUGCGUCUCUGGUGUUUGUGGGGCUACUCUUUGUUCAUCUUUAUACCCACUUCAUUGUUCUUGCUUGUUCCUUGGGAGAUCUUUAGAUGGAUCAUUAUUAGUCUCGCUGGUUCUGCAUCGUCUUGGUUCAUCUAUCUGAACCUGAAGAUUUCUACCGAGGGGAGUAAUAUGAUGCUUCUUGUUGUCAGCGCCGUGGUGUUGCAAUUUGCUUUAGCACUUUUCAUCAAAAUUUUCUUCUUUGCAUAGAAAACUUGCCUUGAGGUUCUUUUUCAGAGCGUUUAUAGUUAAAUACUUGAAUUCUGGGUAAUGGACGCAUGGACUGUAUUUUCAAUUGUAUAAUCAUCUGGUGAUUUGCAUGCUGCUAAUUAUUUU